AUGGGAGACAACGUUCAGUCCGACACCACUGCGGCGCAGGCCGGAAUCACCGACGCCCCCACCGCCCCGACAUCCGCCCCUGUGUCCCUGAAAGAGCGACUGGAGAAGCUUAUCGAGAGCUCUCAACAGCUCAUUAAGCGUAUGGAUGAGAACAACAUCCCUGAUCCCACUUUUGCACCGGAGUGUCAAGAGGACUAUUCAAAGCUUCCUCCCGAGACCAUAACUGAGCGAUUUGCUCUGCUGGACCUUCUCAAUGAUGUGACGUUCCUUGUGCACGGAGCUUCCCAGAGCAUCACAGAUGUCGCCCAAAACGCCAUGGCGGACUCGGCCACUCUCAACAUCCUCAAUUACUUCAACUUCUGGGAUGCGAUCCCGCUGGACGGUGAUGCCUCUUUUGCCGAGAUUGCCAAGGCAGUCCGCCUUCCGCAGGAGGCGGUUGAGGCUAUCCUCCCCUAUGCCUUUAGCAACCGCAUCUUUGAGCCGGUGACAAUUGGAGACCCCAACUCACGCAUCCGCCACACGUCGCGGUCCGCUGCGAUGAUCAAGGAUCCCACUCUGCGGAUCAUCGUCAACCUCACCAUCGACGGCCUCGCAGGGCCACUUUCGAUCCUGAACCGCGCGCUUGAGAAGAACUUCCUCGGCAAGGAAAAGCUCACCAAUGAGAUUAGCGAGACGCCAUUCGGCAUGCUCUAUAACAAGGGCGGUCCGCUCGGUGAGUACAAGGACUACUAUGACUGGCUUGACCGGGAUGGCGAGGGUGAGCGAAAGGGAUGGCGACAGAGAGAUAUGGUCGAGUCGUUGCGCUUGGCCAAGGAGAAAAUGGGCGCAGAAAGUGCGCUUCUCGAGGCCCUUGACUGGGCCGGAGCUGGCAAAGCCACCGUCGUUGAUCUUGGUGGCUCUGGCGGUCACGACGACGUGCCUCUUGCCGAAAAAUUCCCCGAUCUCAAGAUCAUCGUCCAGGAUCUGCCUAGUUGCCAACCGAAAUUUGACGACGGCUACAUCUCCGACGAGCUCAAGAAGCGAGUGUCCUUCCUCGCUCAUGACUUCUUCACCCCUCAGCCCGUUCAGGCCGACAUCUACCUCUUCAAGUGGGUCUUUUACGACUGGUCCAACAAGGACAUCGUCAAGAUCAUCAAGGCGCUCGUGCCUGCUCUCCGGCCGGGGGCUCGUGUCCUCGUCCUGGAUCUGAUGGUGGACGUCGGGCCCGAGGCUGCCGCGGUGAUGCCGCGCUCGCUUCUGAAAUACAGCAAUGUGAUUAGUCUCAAGACGCUCUCGCUGUUUGGACAUACCAAGCAGGCGGCGAAGAAGAUGACGGAUCUCUUCAAGGCAGCGGAUGAUCGGUUUGAGAUUGUUCGCGACGAAGUUGCCGGUACAUUCAUGACGUUCGAGGCUGUUUGGCGUGGCUAG